GCGAGGGUCCAGCCCCCCCGCUGCUGCCGCCUGGGGGCUGGCCGCGCCACGCAGGCCGUGAUCCUCGUGUCCCUCGCGCGGCUGUCGAGGCAGUUCUUCGAACUCUCGGAGCCUGCGUGUCCGCAGCUCGGGGAGGACGAGGAGCCGCCCUCGGCCUGCGAGUCGUGCGGCGAGACCCUCAACAUUCUGCCACUCUUCGGCGAGUACGAGCAGUCUUGGCACUGGGGCGUGCGCGCCGCCCUGUACUUCCUCGGCCUCCUCUGGAUCUUCCAGGGCAUAGGCGAGGUCUGCAAUGAGUUCAUGGAGGCGAUCGAGGAGAUCACCAACAGCCGCUAUGAUGUCUACAGGCCGCUGGACGAAGGCAAGAAGACCUUCAUGAGAUCCAGGGUGCAGGUGUGGAACGGCACGGUCGCCAACCUCACGCUCAUGGCGCUGGGCUCGUCGGCGCCCGAGAUCCUGCUCUCGGUCAUAGAGGUGGUCUUCGGCGGCUUCAAGAUCGGCAAGCUGGGCGCGGCGACGAUCGUCAGCAGCGCUGCAUUCAACCUGUUUGUCAUCUCCGCGGUCUGUGUUGCUGCGCUGCCCCACGGCCAGAUCAAGAAGAUCGGGCAGCCCGCGGUGUUCGCGGUGACGACGGUGUUCUCCCUCUUCGCCUAUGCUUGGCUGAUCAUCAUCCUGGAGCUCUGGACGCCCCAAGUGGUGACUUGGGUGGAGGCGCUGAUAACGCUGAUGCUCUUCCCGGCCAUCGUCGUCUGCGCCUACGCCGCCGACGUCAUGGGCAAGCCUGGCGGGCGUCUGAGUCUGAG